AUGCAUCCAUUUGCUUAUAGCCAGCUUGAUUACAAUUUCUACGACAGAUCAUGCCCCCGCUUAUCAAUGACUGUUAGGUACAAUUUGUGGGCAGCUAUCAGGAAUGACACCAGGAUGGCUGCAUCCCUUCUUCGGAUGCAUUUUCACGAUUGUAUCGUCAAUGGGUGUGACGGCUCAGUGCUUCUUGAUGACACAGAAGACUUUAAGGGUGAGAAGAAUGCUUUGCCAAAUCGUAAGUCACUUCGGGGUUUCGAAGUGAUUGACAAUAUAAAGGCAGAUGUUGAGAGAUUUUGCCCAUCGACUGUUUCGUGUGCUGAUAUUUUGACUCUUGCAGCAAGAGAAGCUGUUGGCCUGGCAGGAGGGCCUUUUUGGCCUGUUCCAUUGGGCAGAAGAGAUGGAACAACUGCAAGUGAGAAGGCAGUUACUGAACAACUACCAUCACCUAUUGAGCCUUUAGAGAAUAUCACUGCCAAGUUCACAUCAAAGGGUCUUGACAUAAAAGAUGUUGUAGUCCUCUCAGGUGGACAUACUCUAGGAUUUGCUCAAUGCUUCACCUUCAAGAGAAGACUCUUCGACUUCGACGGCUCUGGCAAGCCUGACCCAACACUUGAUUCUUCAGCCCUAACAAACUUGAGACGCCUAUGUCCCAAAAAAGAUUCAGCAAACAGCAAUCUUGCUCCUCUUGAUUCCACUAAUCUCAGAUUUGACAAUGCCUAUUACACAAACCUGGUUAGCAACACAGGUCUUCUAGAAUCUGAUCAGGCAUUGGUAAAGGAUCCAAAUACUGCUGCAAUGGUUAAUUCUUAUAGUGCAAACCCUUUUCUUUUCUCUAAUGACUUUGCUGCAUCAAUGGUGAAGCUUGGUAAUGUUGGAGUAUUGACUGGGAAAGAUGGGCAAAUAAGGAAGAAAUGUGGAUCUGUGAACUAA